AUGUCCGAAAGAAAAGUUCUCAAUAAAUACUUCCCACCGGACUUUGACCCAGAUCUUAUUCCUCGACGAAAGCUUCCUAAGAAUUCUCAGCAAGUUGUGCGUCUAAUGGCACCUUUCUCAAUGCGAUGCAAUACAUGUGGUGAAUAUGUUUACAAAGGCAAGAAGUUUAACGCACGCAAGGAAACGGUCGAAGGGGAGGACUACUAUGGCAUCAAGAUAUUUCGGUUUUACAUCAAAUGCACCCUCUGCUCUGCAGAAAUAACCUUCAAAACAGAUCCCAAAAACACCGACUAUACCGCAGAACACGGAGCAUCUCGAAAUUUUGAGCCCUGGCGUGAUGAACGUGCAGUUGAGGAGGAGGACCGGUUGGCAAAGCUCGAAGAAGAAGAAAAUAACCCCAUGAAGGCCUUGGAGAAUCGAACGGUUGACUCCAAAAGAGAAAUGGAGAUAUUGGAUGCUUUGCAGGACAUAAGAGCCAGAAAUGCGAGAAAUGAAAGAGUUGGUCAAUCGGUGGAUCUUUCGGCCCAUGCGCAGAUGGAGGACGCGGAAAGAAAACGUCUGGAACACGAGGACGAGAAG